UUUGCCCGAUUCCAGCCACUCAGAUACCACCGUCAAUCUGAUUGAACAGUGCUCUAUAUUCGGUAUCAAGUAACACUGAGAACAGUGUACAAUCCUCAGCUCUCUCAAUACAGAGCUCGGGUACAACAGAGUCUGAUAUACUAACAUGUGAAGUAAAGUUCAGCGUAGCACAUGCAGUAGCUGCAACAGUACCUUUACAGCUACAUGUCUAUGAUGUGGAGGCGUCUAGUAUGGUCCUGGUACAAGCCCUGUCCCCCACUCAGCUGUAUUGUAAUGUCUCUAAUCUGGACCAGGACAGUUCAGCUGUUAUUUGGUGGAAACGGAGCAGCGAUAACCAGGAAUUUAAGGACGAAGAAGGAAACAAUGUAGUGACUGGUACUCCAGAUAAUUCCAACCAAAUAAACUAUCUUAGUCUAGAUUCCACGCUGACUAAGACUGAUGAUGUUUUUACUUGUUUGGUAGAAGUUACUGAAGGAGAAACUGCUCAGUUUGAAAUUGUCUUAAAUACAUUCACGGUUACCCCUAUGGAGGAACACUCCCACAAAAAGGAGCCUGCUACCUUGUCAUGUGUUAUAGGAGGGGCUGGGGAACAGUUACUAGUGCAGUGGUCAGAUAGUCAGGACAAUAACUUGGAGGAGGAGGGAGGAUACGAAAUAGAGCAAGGUACCUUCAGUCAGGACUCCCAAACCUCCGUACUGACAAUAAGUGGAGAGCACACUGGAGAUGAUGGAGAGUACAAGUGUCUUGUGUCCUCUGAUGGGGGGGAAUCUUUCUACUCUCACUCUGUUCCUCUCAAUGUUCUCGGAGUAACUGUAACUGAUAAGGAAGUGAAGACUGGAACAGAAACAACACUGACUUGUAGUUUAACUGAACUCACAGUAGAAGUAACUAUUUCUUGGUGGGACGGAGAGUCUCAAAUUAACGACGGAAACGGAUACGCUAUAGCUCCAGUGGGGUUCCUGUCUGAUCCAGGAACACAGGGAUCUGAACUGACAGUAACCAGCCCGGUAUCAGAUAAGACGUACACUUGUAAAGUACACUACGAUAAUGCUGAAGUGUCUGUUAAACCUGUUAAACUCAAUGUAUACGAUGUUACAAUGGGUGGACGAGAAGUAGGUUCAGGGACCUCCGCUACUCUAACCUGUGUAAUAACAGGAGUAACUGAAGCUCUAACUGUAACUUGGUUAAAGAGUAAUGGAGAAGAGAUCAGCACUGGAGGAGGAUUUACUGUUAAUCAGGGAUCAGUAACUGAAGGGAAUCAGGACGCAACGCUAGUAGUAGACUCUCAACACACCACACAAAACAGUGUCUACACAUGUAGUGUCAAGUCUGCUACUACCGAGUCUGCUGAAUCAGAUGUUAGUGCUUCUGUGGAGGUCUUCGAGGUUGAAUCAGUGAAUAAAGAAGUGAAGAAAGGCUCUGAUACAACAAUAUCCUGUGUUAUCACUGGCAUAACAGAUACAGCAACAGUGACCUGGCGAACUAGUACAGGCCAAGUUUCAGGCGAUAAGCUCGUCCCUACCGAAGGAAGUCAUUCUGGAGGGACACAAACAUCAACUCUUGCUGUAGACGGAACUCUUGUGAACGACGAUACUGCCUACACUUGCAGAGUCACUUCCGGAUCUUUGCCCGAUUCCAGCUACUCGGACACCAACGUCAAUCUAAACGUUUAUGAUGUAGAAACUGUUAGCAAAGACGCCUACAAGGGAACAGGAACCACCCUAACCUGCAAAAUAACCGGACUCUCAGCCACAGCCACUGUAACCUGGAGGAAUAGGUCUGAGAACCUGUCAGAGGUAAAUGAAGGGUCUUUAACAGGGGAUACCCAGACUUCUACCCUAACAGUUAACAACCCACAACAAGAUGAGAUGUACACUUGUGUGGUUACUUCAGGACAAUAUUCUGCUUCUGCUUCUUCUUCUACUCUUGUAACUCUCAACACUUAUUCGAUCGACGUUGUAGGAAAAGAGAACCUCCGCGGAACAGAAACCACCAUCACGUGCAAAGUUACUGAAAUCAGUGAGCAACUAUCCAUCACCUGGUCCGGCUUCACAGCUGGAAGUAACUUCAUUCCAAAUGAAGGAGUAUACGACACCACAACUAACAGUCAAACCGGAAUAUUGACUGUAAACUCUGGUGCAGUAACUGAGGAUAGUGCCUAUACCUGCACCGUCACUUCCAGAAGUUACACUGAAUCUGCAGCUAAGUCUGUAGUAGUGUUGCUUAACGUUUAUGAUAUUGCGGUGCACAGUAAAGAAGUAGGAGCAGGAACCAGCACCACUCUGUCGUGUGUAGUGUCCGACAUCACACAGGCUGUCUCAAUAACCUGGCGCUCUGCUGGUAACCCUGGUAACCCUGGUAACCCUGGUAACCCUGUUACUAAUGGAGAUGGGAUCACUGCUAACAGUGGAGAGUUAGUGUCUACCUCGCAGACUGCUACUCUGGAGAUAACCUCUCCUGAUACUGACACAACUUAUACUUGCGAGGUGAAAUCCGGGGCUUUACAGAGCAGUGAAUCAGCCUCCAAAUCUGUUGAUGUUUUCGUGUACAGUGUUCUGAAAGGAGAAGUAGAAGUUAAGGUUGGUAGUCCAGCAACUAUAACCUGCACUAUAACUAACAUAGCCUCUGUAAAUGGAGUCACUGUAACUUGGAAGGAAGGUGAACAAACACUGACAGACAACUCAGAGACAACUUCUGUCAGCAACAAGCAGCAAGUAUCAAGGUUAACAGUACAAACUCCACAAACGGACACAGUCUACACGUGCAUCAUCAGCUCCACAGCCUACCCAGAGUCCCAACCGUAUUCCCAAUUCGUCAACCUUAACGUUUUUGAUGUUGCGGCUAAAGAUGUUGAAGUAAAAUCAGGAACCAACACAGAGAUCUCGUGUAUUAUAAGUGGUCUAACCACUGCAGUGAGCUCAGUCACCUGGCUGCUUGGCAACACGCCAGUAAAUGAAGGUGGUGCCCUCUCCUCUCUGUCUGCAGACUCACAGACUGCUACCCUCCUGGUGCAGGGCAGUCACGUGACAAGUGACCAGGAUUAUGUGUGCAGGGUUGUUUCAGGGGAGUAUAUCCAGUCCCCACACCAGGACACUAUAGUCAAGCUCAGUGUUUAUGAGGUAGAGCCGAUACACAAAGACGCCUACAAGGGAACAGGAACCACCCUGACUUGCGAGAUAACAGUACUAUCAGCCACAGCUACUGUCACGUGGAUGAAGGGAGUAGAAACUGUAGCAGGGUCAGUAGAAGGGGAUCUGAACACUGACACUCAGAUCUCUACCCUGACCGUAUUAAAUCCUGGAGAAGAUGCUGUGUAUACCUGUGUAGUGACUUCAGGAGAGUUUGAGCAGUCCCCUGCCUCACAAACCCUGGUGUCUCUCAACGUGUAUUCUAUUGAUGUGUUCGACAAAGAGGUGCAGAUGGGAACUGAAACCACCAUAUCAUGCAAAAUAACAGAAAUAAGCAAAGAGAUGAAAAUAUCCUGGUCUGGUAUCUCUGAUGGAGGUAACUACGUGGAAACACCAGGAUCCUACGAUGAUGAGACCAACAGUCAAACUGGGACACUUACUGUAAAGUCAGCUGCUGUGACAGAAGAUAAAACAUACACUUGUACUGUAUCCUCCGUAGACAACCCUACCUCGGAUCAAAAACCUUUAGAUGUCAAACUAGAAGUUUACACUAUCACCCUGCCUGAGAUAGAAGCCAAAUCAGGAACAGAUGUUGUAUUUACAUGUACUGUGGCAGAUUUAACUGCAUCUGUGAUAAUCACGUGGUUCAAGGAAGAGCAAGCUCUCUCCGAAGGAGUAGAAACAAAGUCCCUGUCAGGCAGCAAGCAAACCUCAGAACUGACAGUAACUGCAGUUACUCGGGGCACUACAUCCUACAGCUGCCGUGUAAAGUCCACACAGUUCCCUGAAUCUGGAGAGGGAAGUGUGAUAUCUCAACUUAAAGUAUUUGGCUUAGUGACGGAGGGUGACGAAGUCCCUAUUAAAACAGCUGCCUCCAUCACAUGUACAGCCACGGGAGUGUCAGAAGACUCGUCUAUAUCUUGGUUUGAUCAGGACACUAAACUUAUUGACGAUGACCAAUACACGAUGUUUCAAAGCGAAUGGACUAACAAUGAACUUGUUGUUACACUUAACAUAGCCGCUUCCUCUGUCACUGAGGAUAAGGUGUUCACAUGUGUUGUUUCGGCUUCUGGACAGGCUGAUCAAAAAGAGAUCGGACAGCUCAAUACAUAUGAGAUAAGCAGUAUCAGUCACGAUGUAGCAGCAGGACACCCCUCAACCCUGACAUGCUCUGUAUCUGGAGUCUCCGCUAACGACAUUGACCUGAUGUGGCUGGAUAGUAACGGGGUCCAGUAUAGAGACCCUACUAAUAAUGAGAACUACGUUGUGGUAGAAGGGGAACUAAAAGGAGGAUCGCAAGUUUCUUCCCUAACACUGUCCGGAGAUGUAACUACAAAUCUUGAUCAGACCUUCACUUGUCGGGUUACAGUAGGGGUACAAACUCAGCAUGUAGAUACUCAGAUACCACUCAAGGUCUUCAGUGUCAGAACGGAGGGAGACGCGGUGCAGUCAGGCAAAUCUGCCACUCUAACCUGCUCAGUAAUAAACCCUACAGACACACUUACUGUGGCUUGGUACAACACCAACCAACUUCUUACAGAUACACAAAAGAACACUGUAGCCGACCUGACCACUGUCACAGAGUUAAUCCUGCCAUCUCAAGUAGAAGACUCUAUCUACACGUGCAAGGUAUCUGGGAACGAAGAAUACUCCUUCUUUGCUAGCGUCGAGAUCAACGACCUUUCUCUGAAGUCUGAAGCUGGUAGCCGAGUAUUUACCGGAACAGUGCUGACUCUAACAUGCAGCUUCAUCCCAACCACUAUCAGCGAGGGAGCGUUCUCUUGGAUCUUCAGCGAUCAGUCUUGUUUAACAACGGCUUGCAGCAACCCAGCCAAUACUCCCAAGACUUCAAAGUUAACUCUAACAGUUGAUAGCAGUAAUGCUGGAAACUACAGAUGCUACUUCACCAAGAAAAAUGGCGACAAGGAUAUACGUAGUAACGAAGUAAGAGUGUCAGCAGUGAGUCUGACAGGAAGUGUUACCUCUGACUCAGUGUGGGGGCUGGUGGGCAGUGGGAGUAGUGUUACUUGUGUAGUUCCUAAUGGUCUAACAGACAUUGAACUAACUAGUAUUAGGUGGACACUAGAUGACAAUGCAAUCAGUGGAGAAGGGAUUGGAUACAAUAAAAACAGUGAGGUAGUGCAAUUCACAGUUUCAGACGCGGUUUCAACAGACACUGAUAAGACCUCAGUCCUCUCCUUCACACACUCCCUCGCUGCAGUAGGCACUCUACAGUGCAUAGCAGCUUAUCAUCCAGAGCGGAACAUUAUAAUACCGAGCACACAUAUCGACGUAAUGACACUUAACUCUGAUGUGGACACUAUCAUCCUUACACCUUCCCACGAAGCUGAAGUUACUUUUACCACCCAGUCUAAUUCCAGACCAACAACUCUACCCAACAUGCCAUCUGGAACUGCUAAAUCAGUAUCUACGAAGGAAGUUGACCUCUCUGAUAGCGACGGUAUCCUAUUCACUGAAGUUGUCAAAUUUUCAAGCACGUCGUCAGAAGUAACAAGUGAAGAGCAACUCUCCAAAAAAGAAUACUCUUUUACUUACACAGUUAAUGCUGGCUCUGCUUCAGAAAUAGUGAAAACUGGAACAGCGUUUUUAAUAGGUGAAACAUUUGUUAAAAGUACAGAAUGGGCUACUAUUGGGGACCGGACCACACUUUCUGCCUCCUUCACAACCUCCGAUAUAGCGAGUGUUUCUGUAGUCUGGCAACAGGAGAACACGGCUGAUAGCUCAUGGAAAGACAUUGCAUCUGAAGGUUACACUACCAUACUAUCGGAGAUGAAUGAUGAAGGAGUAAUGUCAACUAUUCUUUUAAUAGAUAAGACGCGGGAAUCAGAUGCUACAGGUUACAGAACGCAGAUCCAGAUCGCUAGUUUGAAGGAAACAAUUGCUGAAGUCCAGCUGAAGGCUGUCACUGCUAACAUGGCAGAUGUCACACCUGUUUUUGAAAGAGACACAGUCACGUUCAGUGUGACGGUAGAAGGACCAGACAAACCGAGCAGUGUACUUUUAGUUCACCAAGAGAGUGGUAAGGAAGAACAAGUUGCUCUGAACAGUGUUUCCUCGUCCAGUCCCUUUCAAAUAACUCAUGAGAUGAGGGAAGUAUGCUCCAGUGAAAGUGGAUUCUACUAUUUCAAAGUGAUAUUUGAGUCGGGACUUGAGUACGAAACUACUAAAGUUGAGCUAACAGUAAAGCUGAAGUGCAAACCACUCACUACCCCACCCAACACAGAAUUACAGGAGGAGGAAAUCAGCGAUUCAAACAACUACAGAAUAUUCGUGACUUGCAGCGAAUCUUCAUAUGUGGUAAUGGAUGAGAGCCUUAAAGAAGUGAUAUGUGAUACUUCUACAGGCACAUAUAAUAAAACAAUACUCACUCCUUGCUUGAGAACCAUUCCACAGAAUUAGGCCGCCAUUUGUUUUUAGAUUUAGAUAAGCAUACCAAUAAUUGAUUUGAAGACUUAUUUUCUUUGAUGCACUUUUCAAAACGCAUCUUAUUUUUCUAUAUUUAAUGUCAUUUGUAUUUAUUUUGCGAUAAACAAUUUUUAUGUUUAUAAUUUAUUUGAUUAUGCGUUAAAAAUAAAACUUACGCGAGGCUGAUUUCAAUUUUGAAUUCAAGUCAUUUAGUAAUAGUAAUUUUUCAACUUUCAAAUAGAAUUUUAGUAUAAAAUUACAUGUCUUAGUUUAAAUGUGUAAAGAUUUCAUGUUUCUAUUUGAUGUUACAAUUAUAAACUC